AUGGGAGCUACGCCCCCUGGCUGCACACCGUGGCUUGUGUCCUUGGCCACCGAGCCACUUCCUGGAGGGGAACAGAGCCGCAGACUAUGGGAUCCCACAGUUACUUCCAAGUUCCGCAACCUCCUAGAUGAGAAGGAAUUUAAGGUCAGUUUCCCCCGGGGCCAAGCUGUGGCCUGCUGCGGCUCCUUCCGCGGCUGGCUGGUCGUGGCCAACGAGCUCUCAGACCUUGUCCUCUACAACCCCUUCACGGCGGCAUUGCUCCCGCUCCCGCCGCUCACUGGCUUCUCGUCGUGCAUCGAAGGGGUCUAUGCAGACGAAGGAAAUGUCAUUGGCUAUCGUUAUAGGUGUCACCAUGCUAGUAGCAAUAGCAGUGUUUAUGACAUGGAUUCUCUGGGCAGGCAUUUCUAUGACAAGGUUGUGUUGUCUGGUUCUCCAUCUGCCCGUCCCGCAGUUGCCUUGGCCAUCCACUUGGACGGCAAGCGGCUCUCUUUUGCGAGGGUAGGAGAUAGUUUUUGGCGACAAGUUUCGGUGAUAAGGAGAAGCCAAGAUAGUUUUGCCGAUUGUGUCUACCUCCGGGGCAGAUUCUACGUGUUGUCAAUGACAGGUAAAUUGAAGAUUUGGGACCUCGGUGGACAGGAGGACAUGCCAUGA